AUGCAAAAGAUUUCAAAUCAUUCUCGUUUUGAGAACAAUGAAAGAUGGGACGCCCAUAAGGACAUCAUUGAACACCUCUAUUGCACCCUCGACAAGCCUCUUGGUGAAGUUACACAGGUCUUGCGUGAGCAAUAUGACUUCCAUGCUACCCAGCGGAUGUACAAAGCUCGGUUGAAGAAAUGGGGAUUCCGAAAAUAUCUCUCGAAAGAGGAGUUCCUAGAAGCUCAGCGCCAGACCCACUCGGGAACGGCGGUAUUGCCCGUUGCCCAAGGACGCCAACUCGGUUCAAGACGCCUGAAAGCCGCCAUAGAGCUGGCCAACAGACGACGCAGGAUUGGGACUUGUGCUAAGCGACUCACAGCCCCCGAUUCCAUUCGCCUUCCAGAAGGCGCCCUCUAUGAGAUGCAGAGAUACCUGCUUGUUUCGUUUGAACAGCAGCGGUGGGAUCAUUCAAAAUUUGACUUUUUCCAGAACGCAACAUGCGAAUGGGCCCACGACAUCCGGGAGGCAGGGCUGCAGAUCAGCAAAAGGGACAACCGCGCGCUUGGUUUCCAGCUGAUCGACCAGUGCUGUGCUCGUUUUCAGUCGGUCUUGCGGCAGCAGGAAUCGUUGUUAAUUUGGGCUAUACACCUGGGAAUCAUUGCGCUUGCAGAGGCUAUGAACGAUCAAGCGGCGCUGACCCUCGUGAGGUUCAUGGUGGGCAUGUGCUCUAUCGAGCUGGGGAGCAACCACCCUCUGACCAUCCUCUGCGCUCGGUUCCAGAUGAUGGGGAUUGACCAAGUAAAAGCUUCCUUCACUUCGAUGGUUAGAGCACACCUGGAAGUAUUUCGAAAGCAGCUCGGCUCAACCAAUGUGUACAUUGCGUUGGCGAGGUUGGUAGUGGCACAGUGGCUCUACAGCACAGGGUUGAUGUCGUUCGAUGCCAGCCUGCGGGAGGUGCGGCGUGUCUUUCUGGACCUCAAGGGCAGCCCGGGAGGUGAUGGCGAUUCUGCCUUUGGGCUAACCUGGGUCGGAUCACUUCUAGCGGGGUGGUUGAUGGCUAGCAGGCAGUAUGCAGACGCCAGGGCCGCUUUGCAGGACAUGAAACAAUGGCACCGAGAGCGCGGCCUGACUUAUGACGAGAAAGAACUCCCUUGGGUCAUCCCCUAG